AUGUUUGGCAAAGCAUAUAAACUAAAAUCUAAUAAUACUCUUAAAAAUUCAGAGAAGAAACAUUUAGCACAGCGCAUCUUAAAUGAAUUCCCUACGGCUACUGAUGAAAAAAUUCGAGAGUUGGUGCCUGUAAAAUCAAACAGUAGUUGUAUGAAGCUCAUUCUUCAUUCAGGAGAAACUGUCGGUGUUUAUGUGGUGGAUGGUGUUCCAGUGAUGAUAGAAACGGGCGAUAUCUUGGUUCCUACUACAUGUGCUUUGUGGAAAGUGCCAGAUUUGCUUCCAACUCUUAUAAUUCAUUCACCAGUCCUACCAAAGCUUGCUGGUGGAGCACCACUCUAUGCUCCUGGUGUCAAUUUAGCGGAUCCAGUGAAAUUCCCAUGUUACCAACGUGGGGCUCUUAUAGCGGCAGCUACAGUUGACAAUGGUGCAGUGGGUGCUGUUGGUCAAGCUACUAUAUCGUCUUCUGACCUCUUGAGAACUAAUAUGGGAGUGUGCAUGGAACCUCUACAAGUGUUUGGAGAUUUGCUUUGUAAGGACCCCAAGUUUGCAAAAUUGGAGAGACCAAAGUUCCAGCCGCCUGCAUACAGCAAUGAACCUGACGAUAUAACUACUAAUAUUGCUCAAUUAACCAUUCAAAAACCAAUCAAAGAGGAAUGGCCCAGUUUAGUUAGAGAAGAAACUAAGCCAUCUGAUAUAGCUUCUACACCUUCACCAGUUUUAAAUGAACCAACAAUUAUAUCCGAACAGGAGCCUGUGGUUGAGAAAAAUGAGGAAUCAGAAUUAGACAACUCUGUUAUUACAGACAACUCACUAAUGAAUGAGAACUCAAUACCAACUGACAUGGAUGAGCUGCUGAAAUGGUGCCUUCUGUCUUUCAUCAAACUGGAGGGCAAGAAUAUUCAGCUGCCACUCAAAACCAACUUGCUUUAUAAAAAUCAUCUAAUACCAUUGUGCCCACCAGAUAGAACUUUAGAUGUAAAGAAGUCAACUUACAAGAAAAUGGGCAAAUUUCUUGAAGCCAUGCAACAGGAAGGCCUGCUCGAGGUGCGUGAGAUCGAGAAGGGCGUGUCGGCGCUGGUGGGCGUGGCCUGCGCGCACCCGCUGCUCAAGGCGCACCGCCCCCACCCCCACCCCCACCACCAGCCCCAGCCCCACCAGCGCAGCGACGGCCCCUCCCCGCCCCUCGUGCGCGACCUCUACUGCAUCACGGCCAAUGUCGCAGAACUCUUCGCCCCAUUAAGGAAGGGCACAGCCCUAUCGGCGGCGGAGGUGCGCUCGACCCUCACGGAGUACGUGAAGGCGCGAGGCUUGAACAGCGCUCAGCAACGCGGCGCCCUAUCCUUGGACCCGCUCCUGGCCAAGGUCGCCGGCCAACAGGAACACGAAACAAUAAAAUGGGAAGGACUCAUGAAUGCAGUUCUUAACAAGAUGACUCCAAGCACAGAGUUGCAGUAUUCUGAUGGAACUGUAAAAAUUAUUAAAAGCAAGCUGGAACCAAUCAAGAUGCAAGUUGCUACAAGGAGCGGAAACAAAAAGGUUACACUUGUAUCAAACCUUGAGUCGUAUGGCUUCAACCUACUAGAAAUGUCCAAAAUGUGUCAACAUGGUGUGGCUGCUUCAUGCGGAGUCACAAGAACCCCAGGAGCCAAACAUGACCAGCUAAUGGUACAGGGUGACCAGACACACUUCAUAGCGAAGCUUCUAAUUGAGAAGUACGGAUUACCCAAGAAGUAUCUUGAAGGUGCUGACAAAGCUUUAAAUAAAAAAAAG